GGCGCGUCUAGCUCUUGUCAUGUGACUGAGGCCUGCAGUGGAGGUUGGAACUGGAUGCCGGAUUCUGGGUUAGAGUGGACGUCUGCCGGCAGGAUGGAAGCUACUUUAGAGCAGCACUUGGAGGAUACAAUGAAGAAUCCAUCCAUUGUUGGAGUCCUGUGUACAGAUUCACAAGGACUUAAUCUGGGCUGCCGUGGGACUCUAUCAGAUGAGCAUGCUGGGGUGAUAUCUGUUCUGGCACAGCAAGCAGCUAAACUGACCUCUGACCCCACUGAUAUUCCUGUGGUGUGUCUAGAAUCAGAUAAUGGGAACAUUAUGAUUCAGAAACAUGAUAGCAUCACGGUGGCAGUGCACAAAAUGGCCUCUUGAUGUCUCCUGUCAGCUCCUCAGCACCCUCUCAUUGGGACUCAGUCCUACUUGUUAAUCAUCUUGUAAAACUAUUACAGUUCCAGUGAUUAGGCCAUUCAUCUGAUGUGUACUGGGCAUUUUUCUAUUUAUUUUGGAGUAAGUUGCUUUGUGACCAACCUAUCAAGAUGAGUAGGAAAGGAUCAUGUCUUGAGGCAGCAGAUCCAGGUUACUUUGUAUAUAGAAUUUUUAGUUCAAUAAAUCUGUGUAGAGGGAAGCUUACAUCUUUUCUGGAUUCUUUAAACUCUUCUCAAAUGCUUUUUCUUCCAAGUUAUCAAAUUGUAAUUUUUUUCAAAAAGAUACCUGUUCCAAAACUACUUCUCUUUCAGGUUCCUGAAAUGCCCUAGAGUGUCACAGAAGUGUCCAUGGAUAUUUAAAUCAAGCAUAUUCUUCUUCCUCAAUAAUAGCUGAUAUCACUGUUUAUCAUAUGCCAGAAACUUAUCUCUCAUAUAGUACAACAGGUACUCUUAUUUGUCAUAUAUUUGUAAAACUAAGACUAAGAGAUUUAAUAGUCAUUUGGACUCAGGACUCCAAUUUAGAGCCAGUACUCUUGUAACCCUCAAAUCAUCAAAGAAAUAAGCACAUUUAGCCAGAAAAAAAUCUUUUUACCAUAUGAAAGUACAGGUCAGUGUUGCCUUCUCUUUAGCCUUUAGUUUUCAACAGAAUGGUACACAGGCAGGCACAAAGGACCUCAGUGUUAAAUCUGAAUACACUGCCUAUUGCUCAUUAGUAAUUUGACAUUUCAGAGUAUAAAAAUCCACAACAUAAGGUGCUAUGUGAAGGUAAUAAAGAUUUGGAAUAAGGCAUGAUUCUAGCCCUGGAGCUUGUACUUUCAUAGAUGGGAUAUGUAUGCCAUACUCCAGACAUAUGCUAUAUGUUUAACAUCCACAUUUGAGGACAUGUGCUUUAUCAUAUUUACAGAUGGAUCCUCAGCAUCUAGAACACUUCCUAGUAGAUACUAAGUAGACAAUAAACACCUGACAAAUACAUGGAUACAUAUAUACACACACACACACACACACACACACAUACAUAUACUAAUACAAGAGAGUCUUGUGGUAUAAACUGGGCUUCCAAAGAGUAUAGAUGGUUGUGAUAGGUAAUAAGGGAUUUUUAGGCAGAAAAAAUGGGAAUGAAAGGAUAAAGCAAAAAAAGGGUAUUUAUGUGAUAAAUGCUUUGUCUGUUAGGAAAUGAAAAAGCUAGAAAGCUGGGCAGGCUAACUCAAAUCGAGUAGCUGCUUAACAAUCCUGGAUUUUUUCCUGUCAGAAUGGAUUUUGAAGCAGAUGAGAGUAAAGGUUGGAGGUGUAAGGUUAACCUGUAGACCAAGCUUACUUUUUCUUUGGAGGAAAACUUCCUCUUGCUCAUUCAUGUAUCUCCAAUUCCUACCCCAGCAUAAGAGCCAGACUUUUUUGGCCAUAGACUAGACAUCCUAAUUUGCAUGUGUUUAUCUCAUUUUGUCCUGUCUUAUGAAUGCCCUUUUUAGAUUAGAAAAAAAUAGGCUGGAAUUGGUUAAAGUGUGGUUAUAUGGAGUUUCCCAAGACUUCCUAUGGUAGUUAAUUUUAUGUAUUUGACUAAACCUUGAGACCAACAUACUUUGUUAGAUAUUUCUGGAUAUGUCUGGAUGACGUUAACAUGUGAACCAGUAGACAGUAAAGCAGGUUAUCUUCAGUGUGAGUGGGUAUCAUACAAAUACAAUGAAAAACUUAGUGUGAUAGUGCACACCUGUAAUGC